GUAAAGAGUUUACAGCUUACUCUCACUGAAGAGCUUCCUAAGAAAGAAAACAACACUUCGCUUCUGCUUCUCUUGGGACUCUGUGCUUAGGCUCCCAUGUCUGGGCUGCAGAAAACUGGAUUAGGCUAGAUAUAGAAUAUCUGCCCUCCAGCAUCCAAAUCCAGUGGUUGUUUGGAUUUUGGCCACACAGAUAUACUAGCCCUGUCCCCAUCUGAGGAGGCUUGUUGAAGGCAUGGAGCAAGCAGAAGGAGACAACUGGGAACUCACUCAGGUCUCCUCUGGCUGCAAGUCCCAAGAUGGCUGCUUACUCUGCCUUCACUAUAUUUACACCACCGAAGUCUCAAAAGUUUGGAUUUGCUUCUAUUAGCAUUCAAGGACAUCUGCUUCAUCUCAGAAAGCCGCAGGUUUGAUUCUAAUGGGAAUCAGACAAUUGCAACGGGCCCCCCUAUCCUCGCAAAAUAACUCCCAAGAAAAUAAGGAUUUAAAAUGGAAGACGUUCUUUCUGCGCAAAGUAUUUGAAAGAGGUGAUUCACAAGGACAUGAUGAGAAUGGCACUCAAACAGUGUGUGGGCAGGUAGUGAAUCAGAACCGUAUUGUGGGGGGAGAAGAUGCAUCUCAGGAUGCUUGGCCAUGGCAAGUCAGCCUCCAAUACCAAAAGAAGCACGUCUGUGGGGCGACCGUCAUCAGCUCUGAAUGGUUACUGACAGCGGCCCACUGCUUCCCUAAGAAUGCAGAACUCUCUAACUACAAAGCCAACUUGGGAAACUACCAGCUCUUGAAUGCAGACCCAAAUGCUGUGUGGCUGAGACUGUCCCAAGUGAUUGUCCAUGAGAACUAUAGUGGAGAUGGAUCCAGUGGGGAUAUAGCACUGGCUCAGCUAGAGCAACCUGUACGUUUCACCCAAGGCAUCCUUCCAGCCUGUCUCCCAGAUGCCAAAGUCCAAUUUCCAAAUGGCACCCUUUGCUGGGUGACUGGGUGGGGAUCACCUGCAUAUGGAGCCACCCUGGGAGGUCUCAAAACAUUGCAGCAGAUCCAGUUGCCAUUGAUAGACACCAUGACCUGUGAUGCCCUUUUUCACAUUGGUACGAAUAUCAGUCCCACUACCAGAGAGAUCCAGGAUGACAUGUUCUGUGCUGGCUAUGCUGAGGGAAAAAAAGAUGCUUGCUUGGGUGACUCCGGAGGUCCAUUGGUCUGCCAAGAGGAUGGUGCCUGGUUUGUGGCAGGCAUUGUGAGCUGGGGUGACAUGUGUGGCCUCCCCAACCGCCCAGGAGUCUACACCCGUGUUGGUUUCUAUCAAGACUGGAUUCAGAGUAACUUUCUUGGGUUGCAAUUCGGUAUUGUGAAUGUCACUUAUUACCGAGUUGCUCCACCUCGAUCUGCCUCAAGCCGAGUCCUCAAAAAUUUCAGUUUCUUCCUCCUGCUUCUGAUCUCCUGCUUCAUCAUCAUCAUCUUCUGAGACAGAGUGGGAAUAGGAAGUUCUGGUGCUUUUACUUACCAAGUUGAAAUUUUAUGGGAAAAAAUCAUAACCAAAGUCUCCCUGUGAAAGCAGCACUUUCCACUAAAAAAUGACUAUGUCAAGUUUAUGGAAACACCAGCAGUUUCUAUCCUUGAUGCCGUGUUAGAAACCUAGUUCUCCCAAAUGAAUGGAUUCUGAAAAGUUCUGGAGCAUUUCAUGUUCUGUCAAGUACGACCAUAGGGUAUUAUGGAUUUCUAGGGCAUUGGAGGCCUGGGAGAGAUAUUUUACUGGUGAAGGAGUCAGACUUCUUCAUUUUGCUCUGUUCGUCUCCCUUCCUGAAGGAGAACAAGGGCUCUCAUGCUUGUUCCCCAAAGGUGCUAUUCAUGUAAAUUUAUGAAUAUAUAUAGUAAGACUCUGCCAUUAUGCUGCUUUUUUUCAAGAGCUUCUUUGAACAGGAAAAGAGGAAAGGGAAAAGCCAUCCUAUUCAAGAAAAGGACUUAAAGUCAUAUUGAACUUCCAAAGAGGUUUCUGGGUAGCAUUUGGUUGGCACUGCUGUAAUCCAACAGCUUGUUUUCUGAAUUUGAAAUGGUGAGGGAAGUGGUGUGGUGAAAGAGCUAAAUAAAAUCAUGUUCUAGUAGCAAACCAGAGCUCAACAUCUGAGGAAUCUCAACUUGCCACAUUGUCUACCUCUGACUUCACCUUAGGCCUGGUCUACCUGUACAGUUGAAUGAGAUGGUAGGAUCCUGAAGUUGUAGAAUGGUAGGUCAUAUCAUUUGGAAAUGCAGACAGGGAGGUGCUUUUGGUUAUCUUCCUGCAUUUCCCCAUUUUUUCUUUUCCCAAAUACUCCAUUAAGAAGGAGAAAAAAUGUAGUAGAUCCUCACGGCUUUUAGUUGGCAACACCAAUGUCAUCUCUCUGGGAGAAUUAGAAAUAUUGGAAAAUAUGUGGUUGUAUGUGAAUUAGAAAGAGGGUUGGGUGGAGAAUACUUUUUAAAAUCUGCCUGGGAUUGGAAGGAGAUUUUGCUCAUUUCCUCUUUAUAUAAUAUCUUUGUUAGGAAUAAUUUAAAUAACAACUGGAAAAAGUGCUACAAAGAACCACAGAACCCAGAACUUGUUGGACCUUUGAUUAACUGCUAAAUAUUUUAGGUACAUGUUUUUCUUCUCACUAAAAGACAUCUGUGUGGGGUUUGGGGAGAAAUAAAAUUUGCUUUUGGUGGGAUAGUGCAUAUGAACAGGGGUUUUGCCAAGUUUGAUGGUUCCUGCUGUAGAGAAGAAGGAUGUAUUUAUGUUUUCAAUUUCUUUGUGAAGAAAAUA